UGGGACCGCGUGUGUGUGUGCAUGAGCUGGUAGAACUUUGGCCGUAUUUUAAAAGUGUUAUUAAACUCACAACGUGGCAAACGUUUGUAUAAGAAGUAGAUAUGUUCUAAUAAUUCGUUUAGUUUGAACGCGGCAAACGGUGAAUGCAGAAGUGCGCGAUAUUAUAAGAGGCAAAAGUUUCCACCCCAAAAACCGCAUCCAUCAGCAGCAGCAGCAGCAACGGCAACGGCGGCAUCAAAAGCCUCCGAAAACAUCGACCGUGUCAUUUUGUUGGAAAGUUACACGUGCCACUGCCAGGCCGACAACCACAUCCCGCAGGGUCUCAUCCCUCGCCCGCCCUCGACGUUCAUUACCUCCGAGGGUUGCACCACCACCGGAACUGCCGACCGGAUGAGGCAGAGUGGAACUAGACCGUCAGCCGAAUUCAGCGCAUCGAAAUAGGAAAUAAGUCGUUAUUAAAACUGUGCAAAAACAGAUUUUGGGCGAAACAUUAGCGCUGCAGUAACUUACGAAGAUACGACGCACUCGUAAAUCGCAGGACAAACUGCUGGAAAAACGGAACGACCUCCAAACCCAUCCCCUUGCCCAGUACGGCUAGGAUAAGCACGGUGGCGCCCAGAAUCAUGGGCCACUUUUUCCAGCCCCUGGUGCUGGUGCUGGUGCUCCUGGCGGUGGCCGUAUCAAUCAAUGCGGAAGAGAAAUGGUCCUGGUCGAAGCCGAAUGGCGGUGGUGGAGGAGCAGCAGCAGACCGAAGCUCGCCGGAUCGAGUGCGUAGUGACGUCAUCGCGUUCCAGGAUACGAAACGAUUCGGCAGUGACGCCGCCAACGACAGGAAAUUCAAUCAGCAACAGGACGUUAGGUAUGAAAGGUUAGCCCGUUACGAAGUCAAAGAAUCUACGACGAAGCGGCCCACGCUUGGCCGCCCCCAGAAUGAUGAGUUUUCCGGUGAAGUCGGCAAUCAACAGAGCGAUUUCGGAUUCAAUCAACGGUUUGGAGGGCCCGGCGGCGGACAGUUUCCGCAGACUCCGUACGGCUUCAAUCCUGGCUUUGGAGGUGGAAACGUUGGAUUGGGAGGUGGAAACCCUUACUAUGGAGGCGGUGGAAAUCCAUACUUUGGGGGUGGUGGAUACCCGCCUCAAGGUGGCUUUGGGGGAGGUUAUGGGGGUGCAGCCAAUGGAAUUCUGGUAGGUCCCCAGGGACCGACGGGCAUCAUUGGGCGUCCUUACGGGGGCCAUAAUGGGGGUGGUUACCCAGGGGGCUAUCCAGGAGGAUUUGGAGGUAAUCACGGCGGCUUGGGAGGUAAUCACGUUGGAGGAUUUGGACGCCCAGGGGUUGGCGGUUAUCCACCUUAUCCCUCGGGAGGAAUUGGAGGUUACCCGGGAGCUGGAAUUGGAGGAUACUUUGGAGGGCAAGGCCCGUACGGACCUUCGCAAUUCGGACAAUUUGGUGGAGCUGGGCCCAUCGGUGGUCCGUUCGGGGGAGGACCUUUCGGUCAGUUUGGCCCCCAGUUUGACCAGGCAAAGCAAGCCAACAAGAAAGUCGAGAAGAAAUCCGUCUAAAAUCGAUUGUUGCCACGCCCGCGCGCGUUUACCCUCUUGUGAUAUGAUAAUGUUUUGUUGAAAACGAUAUUUAUUCGAAAUAAAAAGCACCCACGUUGUUAACAA